AUGGAUACCGACCGGGACUUAUUCCCCAGCAUUCCCGCUCAUGAGAGCGAGAGCGCGCCCUCGCUGCGCUGUUGUUGUGGCAGGGAUGACUGCGCGCUUCUGGAGCAUAAUGAAGUUGCGCUGAUGGGGUUGGAGAAGGAUCUUGCCAAUGCCGCUAGACUUGGUCAGGCUCUGCUGCACCGUCAUGAGAGUUACAUGGCGGAGGCGGAAGUAGACCGCCAAAGUCUCGUGGAUAGUCUCGAUGCGCUAGAACGCGAGAAACGCGCUGUUCAGGCUGAGAAUGCGCGCAUUGUUGAGGAGAACCGCGCGCUGCUUGAACAACUCGAAGGUCUCAAUAUGUCGGUUGCCGACUCCGAUGAGACUGUUCAGUCGCUUACGGCUCUCUUGGAGAAUACGCAGGCUGAGUUGAGGAUGUUGACUGUUGCUGCGGCUAGAGCGGCGGAUUUGGAGGCGCAGAUCGUGCUCAUGGAGACGGAACAGGAGAGGUUGCAGGAGACUUUGACCAAUGUGCAGGAGGAUGAGAAGAGCGCUGUGCAGAGGUGGAGAAAUGCGCAACUUACUUUGCGAGACCUUGAGGAUCAGGUUGAGCGCAUUGAGGCUGAGGCAAGACAAGAGCGUCAGAGGCAUGAGGAGGUUGUGGAGCGUAUGGAGCGCAAGCGGAUCGUUGAGCGAGAGUUGGAUAAUGCGGCUGGGCGUCUAAAAGGCGCUGCUGCUGCUUCUGGCAAUCCGGGAACCAAUGUGGUCUCGCGCUUCGUCAAGGAUAUCUUGCAGGACAACGCGAACCUGCAGGUUGGGAUCAUGGAGCUGCGGGAAAUGCUCGAAAGUUCGAAUAACGAGGUACAAAACCUGCGGGAUCAAGUCAUGUAUCAUCAGCCGUUGGUCGGUAUUGGUGAAGAUGGAAACGAGCCCUCUGCAUCGACUACCCUGAGCGAAGAAUUGGAAUCGAAAGAACAGGACUCGAAGGAACGCCGUGUGUCACAGGAGUUCCAUAUCCAUCACCACUAUCACACACCGUCAUCCUCGAAAAAGGACAAACCUACACUGAACCGUCGCGUGAAGAAGAAACGACCUCUUCUCGCAAGCCCUGUGGUUUUGCAUUCUGCUAUAGGAAACUCGCCUCGUCGCUCCAUCCAUCGCUCCCAGUCCUCCGGCUCAUCUAUGAACACCAUUUUGUCCCAGACAUCCGUCUCGAUCCCGCCACAGUCUCGCCGCUGGUCCCUGCAAACACCCCCAGCAAGCUCAUUAGCAAGCUCUCCGCAAUCCGCAUUCCACACAUCAUCCAUCUUCGACCGCGUUGACCGUGGAUCUGAGUUCUCCCAACCUACCAGCCCUGAAAGCACCGUCUUCUCUUCGCCUUUAAUGGCAGCGCGCCAGUUCAAGGGCUUCGACCUGCCAAUUCGUCCCAUGAUGGAUCCACCGGAUGAUACCAGUCUCUUCAACGAAGACCAAUACGACCGCCCAGCCUUCCUCGAUCUAUGCGAUGGCAUCAAUACACAUGACGCUAUCCCCGAAGAAUCCGAGUCCUCUCCAUCAGGAGAAUACUCCCAUUCCAUCGCAGACCACUCCGGAAACGUCUUCGACUUGCAAAUGCAGCAAUACAGCCUCCGAAAGUCCACAUCUCACGACAGUCUCCUCUCAGUAGCAGGCAUGGACAUACACACACCUACAAACCGCCACUCACGCAUGGGUGACUGGCACCCCGGCAUGCGCAUUCCCCAACGCAUUGUCUCUCCUAGCAUCGAGCUGGUCUCGACUCCUCCCGUCCUCUCAGCUCCUCUCAUCAUCGCAGACCGUGCAAGAGCACACGAUCGAUCCUCCCGCUCGUUGCUCGCUUCCAUGGCCGCAGGACACAAUCUCACUUCUGAAUCCGUUUCCAUCGCAUCAGCCGAUAGCAACAGCACAAGCUCAACCGCAACACCAGGCCCUCGCAAACCAGCAACCCUGGGCCGCCGCGUCGGAGGCUGGGUCCUCGGUCGUUGGGGCAUGGCUCCAACCUCGGACGAAAUCCAACAUCCAGAAUCCGACGCUGGAUCUGAUUCAACACCGAAAUCAACCGCAGCACCAGCACCGGCGCCGGCCCCUACUACAGUUCCAGAGCCGAGAUCUUCCACUCCAACCCCAGACGCAAAUCUAACUCCCAACCCCCUCCGUUUCCGCUAUCCAGGCGUGAACCAAAAAGGCCCUAUAAUGGGCCUUCGCCCUCCGCCUCAACCUCCCAUCCGCAUCCAUCCACAAGGCGUAGAUGAAGACUUAUUAAGAGAAAGUCUCGCCGAAUGA